AUGUUGACUUCCCUCACCACAUGGAUCACUCCCACUUCCCUCUUCAUCUUCAUCAACCUUGUCAUCGCCACCAUCGCCAUCACUUCCCGCUUCACUGCCGAUAAAUCCCGCCACCAUCUCCACACCGGCUCCCCCCUCUUACGCCCUCCCUCUUUCCUAGACAGAGUCAAGUCUUUCAACUUCACCCUCCACGACUCCAACUACUAUCCCAACCCGGACCCUGGUCGAACUCCGUCGAUGUUGGAUCGGCUCAAAUCCAUCUCCAUCAACCGAUCUGAUUCAAUCCGCCAACCGGAACCUCCGCAGCCAGCGGCAGAGACCGUAGUACAGACUCCGGAGGAAAUCCACCAGGACCAUUCCGUCAGCCGGAGUAAAUCUGAAACCGUAACUCUCACCCCGGCGACGAGCUUACGGCGGCGAUUACAGAAAUCGUUGAGCGAGAAGCUCUCGUGGGUGUCGUCCACGACGGGGCAGAGUGAAACAGAGGAACUAGUGAAUGAAAUCGAACGGCGGCGUCCAGCGACGGUGAGAGCGGAGGAGCCAGAAACGAAGGAAGGCGGGGAGGAGGAGGUGGAUUCAAGAGCUGAUGAUUUCAUAAACAAGUUCAAACAGCAGCUGAAGUUGCAAAGGUUGGAAUCUCUGUUGCGUUACAGAGACAUGGUUACAGGGAAAAAAUGA